ACAACUGUUUCCCUGACCUGUAUCGGUGUGGCACUAGGACCCAUAGCCGAGUUCUCCAGCAGUGCCCUACUAUUGCCAAAUGAUAGCGCACCUCUUCCACUCUCUUGCCACUGUUUGCACGUGUAUGUGAUCCGAAGUGAAUAUGGCAGCGAACCGGGUCGGGAGGAGAUGUAACAACAAGGUCCAUUCCCCGAGUAGGGGUCCAGGUAGGGACCCGGGGCUUAGCUUGCAGAAGAGGCAAGCACGGGUCACGGUAAAGUACAACAGAAAGGAGCUCCAAAGGCGCUUGGAUGUGGAGAAGUGGAUUGACUGUAGUCUGGACGAGCUCUAUUUGGGCAGGGAGGAGGAGAUGCCGGAGGAGGUGAACAUCGACGGGCUGUUAGACCUGAAGAGUGACGAGGAGAGAACGCACAGACUCCAGGAAAUGUUUCACACGUGCAAUAACACAGAGUCCCUCCUGAUUUUGGAAAUCCUCCAACCUGGGAUUUUGGGGAAGCCAGGUUUUCAUCAAGGAGCUGGUGUUGAAACUCCACGGGCUGCAGAAACAGGAGGACCUCCACAACAAUGGCAUCGAACAACCCCAGCUACACAUCUUCCCCAACAGGCAAAACUCUGCAGACCGAGAGGUGAUCUGAAGGCCCUGUUACGUUCCCCUUCAACCCCAGAACCCGACUCCCCAUUCCCCCCCAGCCUGAUGCCACGGACCUCAUCUGGAAAACAUGGGGUCUUGCUGGUCUUUACACUGUGCUCUACACACUGUCAAAUACACAUCAAGCAGCCAGAUCUGACAACUUAUCACAAACUUUGCAGACACCUUAUCUUCUGUCCACACACACACACACACACACACAGCCACAAUGCACAGGCAGUCCCUGCAACAUUUGUACCUCUACAAUGUCAAAUGAGUUCUGUUUGAUUUUUGUUAACUCCGUGUCCGAAAUGUUUGAAACAUGCUGCCCUCUGUUUGGUCGCUACCGCUA